AAUAUUGGGACAGAGAUUGUAACCUAGUUCCAAAAUUCCCCGGAAUGGCCGAUAAGAGUAGUCUGAAAGAUCGAAUUGCCAUCGUGACGGGCGCGUCGCGAGGGAUCGGCAGAGAAAUUGCCCUUCACUUGGCGCGCAAGGGAGCAAAAGUGGUGAUCAAUUAUGGUGCAAAUGCAGAGAAAGCAGAGGAGGUGGCCCUAACAAUUAACAAGGGCUGUGAUACAGUCAGAGCAGUGACCUGCAAGGCCGAUAUUUCCAAGGCGAACGAAGUAAGCAAGCUCUUUGAUGUGGCGGAGGAAGCCUUCGGUGCAGUGCACAUUCUGGUUAACUGCGCGGCCAUUCUCGACCCCAAAUACCCACCCCUGACAGAAACCCCCGAAGAAGCGUGGGAGUCCACCUUCAAUGUCAACUGCAAGGGAGCUUUUCUAUGCUCCAGGGAAGCUGCCAAUAGAGUGGUCAAAGGCGGUGGUGGUCGCAUAAUAAAUUUGAGCACUUCGGUGGUUGGGUCUCUUAGGGUUGGAUAUGGAGCAUACGGGGCCAGUAAGGCCGCCGUGGAGACGAUGACCAAAAUAUUGGCCAAGGAAUUGAGGGGCACCAAGAUUACUGCUAAUUGUGUGGCACCCGGGGCAGUGGCCACGGAAAUGUUCUUUGCAGGAAAGAGCGACGUCCUGGUUGAAUCCAUUGCUAAAGAGGUUCCCUUUGAGCGCCUGGGUCAGGUCAGUGACGUGGCGCCCGUCGUUGCAUUCCUGGCCAGUGAUGAAGGAGAGUGGGUCAAUGCUCAGGUCAUUCGGGUCAAUGGUGGCAGUCCAUGAUAAUGUAUCAGGAAUUGGUACAAUGUUUGGUGAAACAGACUGCGAUGGUUUAGCAAAGGAAUUGUUCAAUAUCACAAGAAUGCAUUUAAGAUUACCAAGAAGUGCGGUUAACAAUGCAAUGCACGUCUAACUUACGUCGUCACCAGCCAACAAAAGCAUCUAAUUCCAACUAAUGCUAUCGAUAUUAAUUGCUGCUUUAUUUAAUUUUAUAUUCUUGUGUUUUCGAUUUGACAAAACCUAUGUAAGCUGUAACAAUAAUUGGUGCCUUCGUCUUGUAGAAUAGGAGAAAAUACUGGUGAAGAGGUUCAAAAGUGUUCGAUAUCCAUUAAAGGAUGAACAUUUUAUAGUGUUAAGAGUUAGUAAUAGAGUAGAGUGGUGUGCAUGCAUUCAUCAUAGAUUUCAGUAAUAAUAUUGUUAACAAUUAUGUAAAACACUCUUAAAAUGUCUAGUGGCUUGGUGAACAAUUUUACAUACACAAAGCUACAUUUUCGAUGGGAGUUA